ACCCUGGCCUUCAUCUGCAUCGCCCUCCUUCGCCAGUACGACCUGCACUUCGGGGCCGAGUCGUGGCACAACGGCCAGUCCCUCGUCGACCGCAAACUCGUGGGCGUGAUCGCCAUCGGCUCCUCGAUCCUCAUCUCGCUGCCUCUGCUCAUCGCCUACGUCUUCUUCGCCCAUUCGUCCAACCUGUUGGAGGUCCUCUACUGCUUCACUGCCUGUGUGAUGAACGUGGCCGGCGGUGCCAUGGCCAUCGAGAACUACCAGGGCCAGGGAGACAGCGAGACCGUCAAAGCAGGAAUGGCCAUGGGGUCCCUGAUGAUCAUCAAUGCCCUGGCCUACCUCAUUGACGCCGGGACAGGGACCAUCGCCAACAGGAAUGCAUGAGUUGCAUUCCGGAAGCUGCAACACCCACCUCCUCCUCCUCCUCCUCCUUUACACUUCCCUCCUUCCACUUCCCUCCAUGCAUGCUUUCAUUGCACUCGAAAGAAAACGGAGCAUGUUUGAAUGAGGGAGGCACCGGGAGCUGAAGCGUUUGGAAUCUCGAAGCGUUGGCAACUGUGGAACGUUUUGAAUUUCUAACGUCUUUUUUUGAAUGGGUGACUUGGAUAACGGUUUUUAAUGGGGGGGGGGGAUGAGUUUUAGAAUUAGAGACUUGACUGGAGUUUUUGAAUCAGAGAUUGUGUCGCUUUGAGUGUAUUUACUUAUUUUUUUUUUUAGAGUGAAAAGAUUUUUAAAAGUAAAUGUGUUAUGAUUUUUUUUUUUCUAACGAUGUCAUGUUGAGAGAUAAGGUCGCCAAUAGCAUGAUCUGUCUUUGCAUGUUUUAAAAGCAUGUCUCCAAUUAAAUCAUUUCAAUUAUGAUUCAGAAAUUAAAAAUCUUGUCGCAUAAAUAAACUUCCUUUUUUUAUAGUCUUAGUCCUGAUAUGAUAAGGUUUUGUUACCAAACUUCAAUACACAUUUAUACAAAUUAUGUUUUCUUAUAUGGCAAAUCUUACAAAAAACAGCAAGAAAAUAGAUUAUGAACAUUGAUGAUUAAUAUAACUAUUGACUAAAUUACACUGCCACAGAAAUUUACAAUAUGUAGUUAUUAAAUAUAAUAUUACAUCGAUAGAGCGAUCCAUUUCAUCUCUGUCAGUAAUAUAAGGAGAAUUUUAGCAAUUAGUAAUUUAAUUUUAGCGUUAUUUCCACUGCCUUUUCGACUCCCAAACCAAUGGACAUCUUUUUUAGAAUUAAUGGACUGAAGACGAAAUAAAUUUUUGGUGUAUUUCAUUUACUUUCGUCCAAGAUGUCAGAUUGUACCGUGCCUGAUGUGUGUUUUUGACUGAUAAAGCCUGGAGCUGUUAUUAAAAUCUUUCUCACGUUGCACGUACUUUAAAUUAAGAUAAGAAUUUUGAGCUGUAUUUUUGAGGGAAACUGAACUUGCUUUUGGACGCUAAGAAACACAAGUUCUUAUUGAUAAAACUUUAGAUUUAACCUUAAAGCAAUUUUUUUUUUUUCGUUCUUCACCCAUUUUUUUUCUUUUUUGACGGCAACUACUAGCAGGAAUGUUCGUAUUUUCGGAAAGCUUGUAAAGCAAAAUAGCUUGUGGAAAACGGCUUGCCAGGAGCUUGAGUUUCCCGCCAAAAUGCGACCUACUGCUGGCCUUGAAUACCCGUUUUUCAUUUUCAUCAAAGUAUUUCUUAUUUUUGUUUGUGAAACGUUCUGAAAUGUCGAUUCUUGCGUUUGUUUUUUUGUCUUGUUUGUUUGCUAAAUUUCUCCUUUGUUUUAUGCGCCUAUCCAAAAAUACAAAAAAAACGGGCGUACAGACUUUGCUUCCAUGAUCUGCAUAAUUUAUCCAUUAGUAUGAUUUAUUUAUGUUAACCAAAGUUAUUCAGGUGAUAUUGUGCCUCUUGGGUUAACAGAGAGAGGAAAAGUCUCCAACAGCUAAAUAAGAAAUACGGUUUACGUUAUAUAUAUGUGUAUAUAUGUAUAUGUAUAUAUAUGUAAUAUGUGUAUAUGUGUAUAUAUGUAUAUGUAUGUAUGUACACAUAUGGUUCAUGAUUUAUGGAGUCAAGUUUCCUCUCACAGCUUAACAGUAUAACAAAGUGUGCUGAUUUAUAGGUUACUGUCAUUUUAUUUUUGUACAUGUAUGUGAAAAAAAGAUGUAGCAAUUUCCAAUAGUAUGUAUGUAGGAAUUAUCACCAAAGUGAAAUAAAAUACAAAUGGUUAAUUUUUGAAUCAAUCAAAGAAAUACUUACGAAACAAACAAAAUCUUUGAUACUUUUAAACGUUUUGUAUAACUUUUGUUCUGACCAAAGAGAGCAGACAUGUCUAGCUUCUUUAUGUAUCUGGAGAAGAUUUUUUUCUUUUGUCCAAUAAAAAAGUAACUGUA